AUGGAUUUAAUGGCUUACGUUCCUCAUUUCUCGGAAGCGCCAAAUGUCGAAUAUGCACCGAUUAUUCAGCAUAUUUGCCAGCAGCCGACAGAACAAGACGAGUUGGAAAAUCAUAUAAAAGGGAAUUCUGUUGGACCUAAAUUGCAACGGUGGUUCAUGCGACAACGUAUCUUGUCCCGGAAGCAUCCGUUAACGCGUUGGUGGCUGAAAAGCACGUCUACAGUCAAUUACGAGAUCUCGAGACACAUCAAAUCGUAUCCUUAUAUGAUACAUCCUUUUAGUUCGUUCAGGAUCGUUUGGGAAUCGUUAAUGACUGUGUUCACCUUCGUGGGCCUUCUGAUAAUACCAGUUUCCAUCACGUUUCAUUUCGAAAAUCAUGAUAACUGGCAUAUAAUCAACGACAUGAUGAACAUUGUAUUCCUGUGCGAUAUAGUGAUGUGGUUUUUUACUGGCUACUAUGAUUAUCGGACAAAAGUCAUAGUCCUUGAUCCCAGGAUAGUGGCACUAAAAUAUUUGAAAAACUACUUCCUGAUAGACUUCAUGACCGUGCUACCCAUAGGAUUCAUCGAUCUCAUUAUUCCGAAUUCGACGUGGUACUGCACCACUCUCAAUAUGUUGAAGAUCUUACGGAUUCGCAAUAUUAUUGUUUAUUCUCGCAGACUUCAUAACGUGUACCGAAUGAGCUUUCAACAGUACAAAAUUCUAGAAACAUUCUCCGUCAUCGUAGUAUGUGUUCACUGGGCCGGUUGCUUGGAAUAUUAUGUUCCAAUGUCCGUUAAUCACCUGGGCACCUUAAGCAAUGAUUCUUGGAUCAGAUCGUCGUAUUUUCGGAACAAGAAAACAAAAGUGAAAAGAUACCUGGUAUGCCUGAAUCGUGCCGUCACUUCGUUGGUACGUUCCGCGCAUUAUUUAGACGUGAAAACGCCAGAGGACAUAAUAUUGAACUUGAUAUUGACGGUCGUCGGGUUCCUUGGUUUCAUGUAUUUAUUAACCCAAUUCUCUCAUUUGAUGACGACGUUUCACAUAACUAUCAAGCGGCAUCUGAAGAUCAUACAACAGUUACAGGAGUAUAUGCGAUGCAAAGAAUUGCCACACUCGUUGCAACGUCGCUUACUGAUAUUUUAUCAUUACCGAAACAGGAAGGGCUUCGAACGAGAUGCAAAAAUUAUAAACCAAGUUUCUCCCUACUUGCGCGAGGAACUCAUUUUACAUAAUUAUCUGAGGCUGAUCAGCACCGUGGAAUUGUUCAAGCAUCUACCGGAAACGGUGGUGUCCCAGUUGGUCAGCGAGUUACGCUCCGAAAUCUUUAUGACUGGUGAUGAGAUCGUUAAAGCUGGUACACUUGGCGAAUCCCUCUACUUCAUCGCUUGCGGUACUGUGGCGGUGUACACUUCUACAGGAAAAGAAGUAUGUCAUUUGGAGGAUGGAACUUACUUCGGGGAAAUGGCACUAGUGAUGGAAAGCGACCACAGGAUAGCGACCGUGAUCGCGGUAGAAACUUGCGAAGUCAACGUUUUGGAUCGUAAUGACUUUAGGCGACACAUAUCUCCGUAUCCAGACCUAUUGAAUCGUUUGCAAAACGUAGCCCUCGAGCACCUGGAAAAGAGUCUUGCCCUCGGAGACGCGUACAAUCUGGACACACCAACUGGUCCUCGGUAUAUUAACAUAAGUAGCAUACAGAGCAGUAGGAAAGAUGUGCCGUCGCAUCAAACGGAACGCUAA